ACUUAGUUGUGUAUCAAGCAGUCGGAGAAAAGCAGCUCAAAAGCUGGUCUAGAGGAGGAAGACAACUAAUGGAGGCGGAGGAGACCGGUGGCUACACCGAAAAAACCCGCAUCGCCACCCACUGGUAUUGGGCCAUAGCGAGCGUAACCCAGCUCGGAUGGGCAGUAUCUUCGUAUCGAAAAGGUUAUGCCGGCGACCAUCGUUUGAUGCCCGUCAAAGCCUUCGGCGUCCCUUCCUUGUUCCUCGGCGCCUUCGCCACUGCAUCCGUCGCUUUCCUUAAAGCCUCCGGCAUUCACAAAGUGGAAGAUCUGAUGGAUGUAGGAGCGAGUAUAAGAAGUGGACUUGGAAUUCGUCCGAGGGCAAGGGAUAAAUGAGUCCUCGUUUGCCGUUUCUCUUUUGAAGAGCUUUCCGGGUUCUAAUUUCUCUUCCCUUUCAAUUCCUUGUAUUUAACUAGAUUUGCUUUCGUUUUGUCUGUUUAUACUCUCUUUGUUUAUCAUAAUAAUCAAACAAUUAGCUCUACAGUAUCAA